AUGGUCUCCUCUACUUUGUUGGAGUCCACACAUGCUUUGACUGGUCGAACACCUAAAGUGUUGAAGUACCAAACCAACUCACACUUGGUCCAGAAUGUCGCCGACGCAGCCACAUCACCUGCAAAUACCUUUGGUGGAUUUGACCUUUCUACCUUCGAACCAAUGCUUGGUGGCGGUCGUGCUGGAGGUGGUAUCCCCUGUGCCGCCUGUACAAUCCUUCUUACUCUUUUGGAACAAUACUCUGACAUCCAUGAGCAGAGCAUUGAUAAGUCCAUGCAAGAGGUGUGCAAGUUCUUCCCAGAUAAGAUCUCUCCAAUCUGUACCUACCUUGUUGAGAAGUAUGGUGAUGAAGUUAUCCAAUACUUCAUGCUCUACAAACAUAGUGAUGAAGUAUGCCAUGCCAUGAACAUCUGCACUGUUCAAUCAUGUCGUUUGUUCAACAAUGUUACCUCUGUCUUUAAUGGACCAUAUAAGCCACGUCCAGCACUCGAGCAGAUUGAGAUGCAGAGAUUCGACGAGAAUCCAUGGGACUGGAUCAAGAACCUCUUCAACCGCUUUGGCAAUGACCACGUGCCAUUGGAGGAUAUCGAUGGAGACAAGUAUUCAUUGGAUAGCACAUUGCGUGGCUACAGCUGGCGUGGAAAGGACUGUGAUGACAUUGAUCGUGAUGUCUAUCCAGGUACAAUUGGUGACACUCAUAAUGGAUUGAUUGAUUGGAACUGUAAUGGAAUCAAGGGUGUCAAUGAUAAGGGUGUGGCUUGGGAGGAGGAACUCUGUGGCACAUCUGGCCAGCUGGGAAUCAUUCUCGUUGGUGACAGUGUCGGUGCACACUUCUCCAUCCCACCUCAAUGGUUGACUGCCGCCGACAUCAACUCCACCACCUACCAGGGCAUGGUUGGCAUCCUCGAGAACGAGCUGGACUGGCCACACAAGAGUGCCAUCACCGCCUGGGCGUCAAACACCACCGAGUCUGGUCCAAUCGACAGUGUCUACCACCGUCUUCGCGAGAGGAACCUGUGCAACCAUCGCGACUACCAAAACACUGGAGUGAAUGGCGCCAGAUCUGGCAACGUAGCCGAUGGCAACAUUCUUGGCGUAGCCAGGAACCAAGAGAAGGACCAUCCAGUCAUCCUCUUCUACGAGCUGGUUGGCAACGACGUGUGCUCGGGCCAUCACGACCUCGACCAUAUGACAACACCCGCCGAGUUUGCCAACAACACCCUCAGGACCCUGGAGUACCUCGACACUAUCCUCCCAAUGGGCUCCCACAUUGUGUUCACAGGUCUGGCCGACGGACGUAUUCUCUGGGACACAUUGUGGAACCGCACACAUCCAAUUGGCGCAAGCUAUGAGCAGGUGUACGACUUCCUCAACUGUCUCGAGGCCAGUCCAUGCUGGGGCUGGAUGAACUCCAACGAGACCGUCCGCGACCUGACGACUGCUCGCGCCGUUGAGCUGUCUGCCGUGUAUCCCGAGAUCAUCAAGAACUACACCUACACGCACUUUGAUAUGCAGUACUACGAGUUCCCAUUCCCAGAGAUCAACGCCAUUUGGACUGCAGAGGGCGGCCAGACAUGGCAGCUCAUCGAGCCCUGUGACGGCUUCCAUCCCAACCAGAUUGCCAACUACCUCAUGUCUGGAGUGUACUGGAACUGGUUGAUGGAGGAUCAUCCCGAGUGGCUCGGCGACAUCAAUCCAAACAAUGAUUUGAUCGCAUCAAUGUUUGGCGACCAAGGUGGAUACAACUAA